AUGACGGCACUGGGGACGCUGAUGUCGGCGCCCAGUGAUCGGGUGAAGAUGGUGGACAUGCACCCAAAGGAGCCGUUAUUUCUUUGUUCGUUGUACUCUGGCGUGAUCAACUUGUGGAAUAUUGAGACCCAAGUGAUGCUCAAGUCAUUUGAUACAGGCACGGGGCUUCCGGUGCGAUGCGUGCGGUUUAUUCCCCGGCUUCAGUCAUUUGUCUGCGGCACGGAUGACAUGAUGAUUCGCGUCUUUAACUACAACACGAUGGAGAAGACGAAGACCUUUCAGGCACACGAUGAUUAUAUCCGAGGCAUUGCUGUGCAUGAGCAGCUGCCUAUUAUUUUAACUUGCUCUGAUGACAUGACGGUCCGGCAGUGGGACUGGAGCAAAAACUGGGCUCACGUAAACACACACGAAGGUCACUUACAUUACGUCAUGGGCGUCGUGUUCAAUCCGAAGGACCCUUCCACCUUCGCCACAGCCUCGCUAGACUGCACCGUAAAAGUGUGGAGCAUCAACAGCCCGGUGCCAAAUUUCCAACUUGAGGGACAUGAAGAUGGCGUGAACUGCGUUGACUAUUACCCUGGCGGUGAUAAGCCCUACCUGCUUAGCGGUGCCGAUGAUCAGACUGUGCGUUUGUGGGAUUAUCAGACAAAAGCCUGCCUACAAGUUUUUUCUUACCACACGGCAAAUGUUACUGCAGUUCUUUUCCACCCAAGUCAACCUGUGCUGUUUACACUGGCAGAAGACAUGGAGAUGAAAAUCAUCGCCUUCGAUACCCACCGCCUUCUUUUAAGUCUUGACCAUUCUCGCAUGAAUCGGGGGUGGUCAAUGGCGGCAAGGCGUUAUACAAACGUUUUGGUUGUUGGUUACGACGGUGGGACAGUGGUGUACAGAGUGGGUGAGGACAAACCUGUGUACUCGAUGGAUUCUUCUGGAAAAAUUCUUGUAGCCGUUGGAAAUGAAGUGACGCGUAUUGACGCAAAAACUAUUCCGUCAGACGCGGCUGAUGGCGAUGUUCUUUCUCUCCCUACAAAGGACAUGGGCGCUCUCGAGACAUCGCCCUCUGCAAUUUUGCACGGCCCAAGUGGACAGUUUAUUGCUGUGAUUGGCGAGAAUGACUACACGGUUCUUUCGUCACUUUCUAUGCGACCCAAAACGUACGGUACAUGUCUUUCUUUUGUGUGGGGCCCCGAGAACGGCUCCUAUGCUGUCCUGGAGACUUCCAUGACGUUGAAAAUUUACAAAAAUUUUAGGGAACGUGCGACAAUCAGUCUCAGUGAAUCAGCGGAGAGAUUGUUCAGUGGCCCGCUUCUGGGUGUUUGCACGGCAUCCAGUAUCACUUUCUAUGACUGGACAUCAUUGAACCUCAUUCGUCAAAUCGACGAGUGUCCCAAGAUGGUACAAUGGAAUGACGGUGGUGACUUGCUGGCCAUAGUCUCUGAGACAGCCUUUUUCACGCUGCGUUUUAGCAGUGAGGCGGUAAUGGAGUUCCUUGAGACGCAAGAAAGCACCCCUGAGGAGGGGCUGGAAUUUGCCUUCGAUGUCGUAGAGGAGGUCGGGGAGAGCGUGAAGGAGGUUCUCUGGGUUGGAGAUUGUCUUUUGUUUGUUAAUCAGGCGCAUCGACUGAAUUACUACAUUGGUGGCGAGACAAACAGCAUUGGGGUGCUUUCACGAAAUCAGUAUCUUCUUGGUUACUUGCCGAGGGAAAACCGGAUUUUAUGUAUUGACAAGGACAAGAACAUCACGAGCUAUCUGUUUCGUCUGAAAGUCAUUGAGUACAUGGCUGCCAUUGUCCGUGAGGACUUUUCGACUGCUGAGGAACUUCUUCCCUCCAUUGAGAUGAGUGAAAGGAUGCGAAUAGCGCAAUUCUUGCAGGCAAAAAACCGCCUUGAAAUGGCACUGGAGGUGACCACGGACGAUGAUCAUCGCUUCGAUCUGGCGGUGCAGCUGGGAAGAGUGUCCCUGGCAAACGAGAUAGCGGAGAGGUCCCCGUCUAUGGUUCGCUGGAAGCAGGUGGCUGACCUCGCUCUUGAGAAGGGCAUGCUUGAAUUGGCCGAGGGAGCUCUGCACAAAUGCGGCGAUAGCAAUGGUCUCUUAUUGCUCUAUUCCUGCAGAGGUGAUAUGGACGCAAUGUCAAAACUGGGAGACACAUGUGUUGCGAAUGGAAAGGCAAAUGUUGCGUUCACAUGCUUCCACCUCACAGGGCGUUACGCGGAUAACGUGGAAUUGCUGUGCCGUACAGGGAAGGUUGCGGAGGCUGCCUUUUACGCCCGCACAUACGCUCACAGCAAGGUGGAAGAGGUGGUAAUGAAGUGGAAGGUUGCCGUCGCCCUGUUGCCGCGCGUGCGUGAGGCCAUCGCCAGCCCAACGGCGUACCCGAAUCUCUUUCCAAACAUGAGAACUGUCUUGCCAGCAUCACCGCCGCUUUCGCAGGUUGUGGAGAGAACCCCACAACGAAGCGCAGGUGGACAUUUGGAUCAACAACCCGCUGGAAAUAGCCCAGAGGAGGAGGGCAGCGCCGCUUCUGUUGGAUCUCCCCAACCGUUUAUGCCCCCUACAGUUUCCCGCGGCGACACUUCAGCAUUACCUGCCGAGGUGCAUGAUGAAACGCCUGCCGCGCCACCGCCGUCGUUGGCCAGGGGCACCGAGGCGGGAGCAACGCCGGCUGCUCCUGCAUCGACCGACGAUUACGAUAAUGACGCCGAAGGGUGGGCAUAG